CCCCCCAAUCAGCGGCGCCGACGCAGUCACAUUCGCGGCCCUCGCCCUUCCCUUCGCCCUGCCCCAUAUCCCCCCUUCCCAUCCUCUUUCCGCUCUGCUUCCAUCUCCAUCCAAACUUAAACGCAAAUCCACUGUUGACUGUUACUGUUCCCACCAAAUACCCAAUCUACCCUUGCCAACACCACUACUUCUGCUUCUUGCUCAUUUAAUUUCCGCUUUUCCUUCGCUUGCUUAUACGUCUUGCCACGCAGACAACGACGUACGAAGCCCGCAUACACACACACGCGCGCGUGCACACACAUAUCGCGAGACCAUGGCCUCCAUGUCCAACAAGCCAAUCUCCAACAUCGCCGUCGCCUUCGCGACCCAGUCGGCCUCGGUCGAUAUACCCAAGCCCCGUGAUGCCGGCCAUCACGGCUCUAGUAAUGCUCUCCAAACCUCCUCCAACCAUCACGGCAUGCUGCCGACGCCUCCAAACUCCAUAUCUCCAACCCUGCCCCCUCACAAGGUCCGCUCCCCUUCUCACCACGCGCCGAACCAGCAGCAGGUCGACUCGGACCUGGAUCUGCAGGACGCUGUCGACCACGAGCGCUCCACGCUCGGCCAUCCGCAGGCGCUGUCCAGCGCCGCGUUGUCUGGCCUGGACUCGGCAGGCGCCAUCACGCCUACCAUGCUGGCCAGGGAUCACCUUCCCGACUUCCUACUCGCCAACGGGCCCAUGGCCAUAAGGCACGUGUUGGGCCAUCUGACGCAAACCGUGCCCGGUUUCGCGCGCAUCCCUCCCGCGAAAGCUCGGAGGAUCGUCGUCGCCGCGCUGGAGAGUCGCGGUGGCGGUGGCGUCGACGGCGACGUGCUGUUCGAGAAGGUUGGCUGGGGCCGCUGGGACGCGCGCGUCCGUGGCCAGCCACCCCGAGAGGGACAGGUGCCGUCGUCGGGCAUGGACAGCCAGCUCGCCGUCUCUCCGCCAUCGAGCGUUGUCGGGUCGUACGCGGCCUCCAACGCGGGCGGACUGCAGAUCCCGGCUCCCCAAAAUCGCGUCGACCGACGGGACAUCUACUCGGGCACAAGCUGGACCGGUGAUUCGAUCAUUUCAUCUCGAGACGAAGAGAUGGACGACAUGAACAUGGCCGAGCACGAGGCGGACAAGAUGUCUCUGGAUGGCCGGGAGGACGACACGGCAUCCAGCCAUGCUGCUCCAGAAGACAUGCCCAUCUCAGACAACCCGGACGACGUGACCGACGAGGAAGACUGGGCUAGUAUCGGCCCUCAGGCCCUUCGUCGCGGUUCCACCGCCCGAAGUGGAGCCCGCAUCGACUACAAUUACCUGUCCACGUCUCGAAUGAGGCCUUCAAUCAUGAAAGCCGCCCCCAAUCAACGCCGCUCGUCUUCAUUUGCACACACCUCCCGCGGCGGCAUCAGCUAUCCUGGUGGUAUCGUGCCGCCCAAGUACUCUUCUUCCGCUUCUCGCAUUGCUUCUUCUGGAUUUAAACAUAACACCACUUUUAAUAAGGAAGACGUUCAGACUGUGAACGCGCAAGAGCAAGAUGCCAUUGCCGCGCUGCUGGCCAUGGGAUCCAGCAUGUAAUUUAUACCCCACCCCACUCUCUGAUCUUCGACAAUCACGUUCACCUGUCGAUCACCUUCCUGGAGGCCCACAAUUUCCAGACACUCAACGUUAACGAUCGACGACUGGCGGACGACGCUUGACGACUUUUUUAUUUCGACCUCUUACCGUCUUGACUUACACGAACGUUUUACGGGUCAGGAUCACGUUAUUUCGACGUACGCAACUUACAACAUUUCACCACUGUCAUUACUGGAACAUACCUUGAACCUUGCCCGCGACGGACCGUCGUGCACGCCAGAAUACCCGCAACUUAUUUUGUCGCCUUUGAAAUGAACCGGCUGCAAAAUCACAUACCCCCACGCUUUUAGAUCAGCAAGCAACACAUUUUCACUUCGUAUAUAUGAGCCAUCACGGCAGUAGCCGGCAGAUAUCAUCUUUCCCGCCCUUCUGUCAAGUGCUGACUUACAACGGGAUCGAAUGACGCUCUGGUUGCUACCUUGCAUUAUACCAUCGCGCCACGAGGGUUGACACGUCUCUUCUACAAACAUACAUCAUUCAUUCUUCUUUCUUUCUUUUUUCCUUAGAAAACAACCUCCAGUCUUUUCCGCUCAGCUUGGACGGAAGGAAUAGCUAGGAAGCAACCAAGAUAAACAUGGACUGGACGGCAGUGUACGAGAGAAGAGAGGAAAAGAAAGGCAAUCAUACGAGAAAUCGGUCAUGUAAACCAAACCAAAGAGAGACGGAUACCACUGGCCAACCCUCUUUACGGCGCUUUUCUGCUCAUGAGCAUCAAAGGGAAUCAUGUCUACCGUGGUCUGAAAAUAUCGAGCAAAGGAACCACGAGUUGUAUUCGUGUUUUAUAUCGAUCUACUGACCGAGGAUGGACAGGAUGUCAUCAAGGCAAGAGUCAAACCGCCACUUUGAAUUGUAUCUAGCCUAAGAUGCCUAUUCACCCUGAUUUGGAUGAAGAUUGAGAAAGACCCGAAAAUAGCUCCUCUGCGCGAAGAAGGCGUAACGUGCCUGAGCGGAGAAGACACCUUUUGAUGCAA